AGAUUUUGAUUUUUGCCUUUUUUUAGGCUGUCAAAGUUUGUGGAGUGAAAAGGGGUUUCUGGAUCCUUUUAGAUUUAGUUUUAACACGGUUUUUGUUUUGUGGGCUUUGGUCAUUCAUUAAUCAUCAUCCAAGAAAGAGUGCAUCUCCACCAUUACCACGCACCACCAGCCAGUACCAGCCGCCCCAUAAGUAAACGCUAUAAGAUAUUCAUAUUUUUCAUGAUGAUUCCCCCUUUUUUUCCUCUUUUGUUUAUUAAUAUUUCCAUUGUGCAGAGCCAUUAUAAUAUCAAUGACCUAACGUCAUGCCCCCACGCACACACAUACACUCUCUCUCUUGUUCCCUUCCUUUCUCUCUCAUUUUCCUUUUCCAUCUUUGGUCAAUGGAAGGCUUCAUUGCAAUCUCCAAAUCUUUGUUAGUGUACAACGUUGCUUGGAUACAGGAUAAUCAUGUACUUGGUUCCCUAUUUUUCCUCUUCCACCUCCUUCUGUGCCUCAUGUCUUGUUCUUGUUCUUGUUCUUGGUCCCAAUGAUGGGAACGAUGGCGAUAGAUGUUAAAGCCACCAACUUUAUUCUUCUUGAUUGCUCCACAAAUCCACUGAUCAAACCAAGUGCAAGAAGAUCCUCCUCCUCCCUGGUCAUGGUCUUGUCUGCUCUUGUAUUGACCGUGUUACUAUUUCUGCAUCCUUCCCUCACUGCUGCUGCUUGCAACCAAGAUGAUCAUGAUUCUCUAUUACCCUUCUUUUCAAACAUAUCAUCUUCUUCUCCUUUCAAUUGGUCUUCUUCCACUGAUUGCUGCCUUUGGGAAGGAGUUGAGUGUAGCGGAAUUGAUGGUCGAGUGACUGGUCUUGCGCUACCUUCUAGAGGCCUCAGUGGUGUUCUCUACCAAUCUCUUGCCAACCUCACUCACCUCUCUUACCUCAAUCUGUCCCAUAAUCGCUUCUCAGGUCCUAUCCCGGCUGGAUUUUUCUCUCUUAAUGAUCUCCAGAUUCUUGAUCUCAGUUACAAUCGUCUUCAUGGGGAAUUACCAUCCAAUGACAAUAAUAACACUAAGAUGGCCCUCCAAAUAGUGGAUUUGUCCAGCAACCACUUCAAUGGCGUAAUUCCAUCCAACUCAUUUCUGCAGGUAGCUGGGAAUUUGAGUACAUUCAACGUCAGCAACAAUAGCUUCGCAGGCCAAAUUCCACCCGACAUCUGCCUUGUUUCUUUUCGCUCCAUGACCAUCCUUGACUUCUCCUACAAUGAUUUCAGCGGCAAUAUUCCCUCAGGGAUAGGUGAAUGUUCCAGUUUGCGGAUUUUCUCUGCAGGUUUCAAUAAUCUCUCUGGGACGAUUCCUGAUGAUAUUUACAAGGCUGUCUUGCUCGAACAACUAUCCUUACCUCUCAACAGCCUUUCUGGUCCCAUCAGUGAUGCCGUAGCGAACCUCAAUAAGCUCAGGAUUCUUGAUCUCUAUUCCAAUCAUUUGAUCGGCACAAUAUCCCGGAAUAUUGGCAAACUCUCCAACUUGAAACAGCUGCAGCUUCACAUCAACAAUCUCACAGGUUCAUUGCCUCCAUCUCUGAUGACCUGUACCAAACUAGUGACGUUAAAUUUGCGGGUCAACCUCUUGGAAGGGGAGCUCUCUGCCUUUGAUUUCUCCAAUCUCUCCCAGCUUAGCAUCCUCGAUCUUGGUAACAAUAACUUUACAGGUAAUUUGCCCAACACCCUUUAUUCAUGUAAAUCGUUGACUGCUGUUAGACUUGCCUAUAACCAGUUCGGGGGACAGAUCUUACCUGAAAUACAAAAGCUGGAAUCACUGUCUUUCCUGUCAGUUUCUUACAACAACUUAACCAACCUUACUGGGGCUAUCCAAAUCAUGAUGGGUUGCAAGAACCUCACUACUUUGAUUCUCUCAGUGAAUUUUUUUAAUGAAAAGAUACCAGAUGAUGAAUACAUAAGAGAUUCAAAUGGAUUCCAGAAUCUCCAGGUUCUAAGCCUGGGUGCUUCCCAACUUUCUGGUGAGGUGCCCAACUGGUUAGCCAAGCUCAAGAACCUUGAGGUUUUGGACCUGUCUGUUAAUCGAAUCACAGGUUCUAUUCCCAGUUGGUUGAGUGGUCUACCAAACCUUUUCUACAUAGAUUUGUCCCGCAACCUUCUGUCAGGAGAAUUACCCAAGGAACUUGCAGGAUUGCGUACAUUAGCAUCGCAAGGAGCUAAUGAACUAGUUGACCGCAGUUAUCUACCACUGCCUGUCUUUGCCCAGCCCAAUAAUGCUACCUAUCAGCAGUACAAUCAGCUCUCUAACCUGCCACCAGCUAUAUAUCUGGGAAACAACAGCCUCAGUGGUGAUAUCCCUGCAGAGUUGGGACAACUUAAGUUUCUGCAUGUGCUGGAUCUCAGUAAUAACAACUUCUCAGGAAAUAUUCCAGAUCAAAUAUCAAACCUCACCAACUUAGAGAAAUUGGAUCUCUCUGAAAACAACUUGUCUGGAGAAAUCCCUGCAUCACUGAAAGGUCUGCAUUUCUUGUCUUCAUUCAGUGUUGCGAAUAAUGAUCUCCAAGGACCUAUACCAUCUGGAGGUCAGUUUGAUACUUUCCCCAGUUCCAGCUUUACAGGGAAUCCAGGGCUAUGUGGUACAAUUCUACAGCGUUCUUGUUCCAAUCCAUCAGUACCUGUCAAUCCUACUGCAACUGAUAAAAGCACAAACAUGAAACUUGUUGUUGGACUAGUACUUGGGGUCUUUUUUGGGACUGGUUUACUUAUCGCCACACUAGCACUGUGGAUAUUGUCCAAGAGAAGGAUCAUUCCAGGAGGGGACUCUGACAACAUAGAGAUGGAUACAAUUUCUAGCAACUCUUAUUCUGGAUUUCAUCCUGGGACUGUCAAGGACACUGACCUAGUUAUAUUGUUCCCAAACAAUACUGAUGAGAUCAGGGAUCUAACCAUAUCUGAGCUCUUAAAAGCCACUGACAAUUUCAAUCAAGCAAAUAUUGUUGGCUGUGGGGGUUUUGGUUUGGUCUAUAAAGCAACACUGGCAAAUGGGACAAAGGUGGCAGUUAAGAAACUCUCAGGAGAGAUGGGUCUCAUGGAAAGGGAAUUCAAAGCAGAGGUAGAGGCUCUGUCCACAGCCCAGCACGAGAACCUUGUUUCUUUGCAAGGUUAUUGUGUGCAUCAGAGCUUUCGGCUGCUUAUAUAUUCCUAUAUGGAGAAUGGAAGCCUGGAUUACUGGUUGCAUGAGAAGGCUGAUGGUGCAUCCCAACUAGAUUGGCCAACUCGACUGAAGAUUGCAAGGGGAGCAAGUUGUGGUCUGGCUUACAUGCACCAGAUAUGUGAGCCACAUAUUGUGCAUCGUGACAUCAAGUCCAGCAACAUCCUUCUUGAUGAGAAGUUCGAAGCACGUGUAGCAGAUUUUGGAUUGUCCAGGUUGAUUCUUCCUUAUCAUACUCAUGUUACAACUGAACUUGUUGGUACACUGGGUUACAUUCCUCCAGAGUAUGGGCAAGCCUGGGUAGCCACAUUUAGGGGAGACGUGUACAGUUUUGGGGUUGUUAUGCUUGAGUUGCUCACUGGGAAGAGGCCUGUAGAGGUGUUCAAGCCAAAGAUGUCUAGAGAACUGGUUGGCUGGGUCCAGCAAAUGAGGAGAGAGGGUAAACAAGACCAAGUCUUCGAUCCUUUCCUGAAAGGAAAGGGCUUCGAUGAUGAGAUGCUGCAAGUGCUAGAUGUGGCCUGCAUGUGUGUGAACCAAAACCCAGUCAAGAGGCCAACCAUCCAGGAAGUUGUUGAUUGGCUAAAGAAUGUGGGCACAGACAGAAACCAAAAUAAGAUUUAGAGAAUAUACCCUUCAGUACAUAUUAUAUACACUCGCACAAAAUAUGGUUUAUUAAUGCAAAUUUUCACAUCAAUUGACUAAUGUGAAUCAAAAUUCACCACAUCAUACUGUUUUAUGCAUUUAGAAAAGAAGAAACCAUAAUUAAGUGAAUAUAGUUGUUAAAUCAGGAUUUAUAUGUUGAA